AUGACUGUUCUUGCUAUUGUUAGGAUUCCUGAAAGAGCUUCUAGUGGCAAUUGUUUUUCUACCUUCUCGUAUGUAAUUUUCUGUUUGUCUUGUUUCACCAGUCAAAACAAAUUGGCAAUUAUUUCCAGUCCAGUCUCCCUGUCUGAUGCGUUUACCAACCUGAAGGCAUUAGCCAUUCAACACAAUGGACUGACAUGGGCCCAGGUCCUGGAAUGUGCCCCAAUGUGGCCUGUGCUCGAAAGGGCCCACUUCUCAUCUAAUGCCAUUUCUGAGUUAGAAAGGCCUGUUGGUGUUCUUCGAUCUUUGACGUUACUCGAUCUCAGCUCCAAUCCACUGGCUGAUGAGAAUCAGUUGGUGCACAUUGCUUACUUGCCAAGGUUGGAGCAGCUUAUAUUGUCAAACACUGGGUUAACCUCACUGCAUUUUGAUGAUGUUCAACAAGAUGGUAAAAGUGCAAUGUUUCCAAAACUAAAAUUCCUAGCAAUUGACAAGAACCGAAUCUCAGAGUUUUCAACUGUGAAUGAGUUAAACAAGCUACGGAGUUUAGAACAGCUGAAAUUUAGUGACUAUGCGAUGGUGGAGCAUGAGAAGAAUGCAAAGACUGUGCGGCAGCUUAUCAUUGCAAAGCUAGGAUGUCUGAAUGUAUUAAACAGAACAGAAAUUUCGGCUGAUGAAAGGAAGGGUGCAGAGCUAGACUAUCGCAAGAGAUUUGGGAAGGACUGGCUGAAGGCUGGAGGGCACCAGGAUCCUGAGAAAAACAGGCCUAAUAAGGAAUUCUGUGCUGAGCAUCCUAGAUAUCAGUCGCUCAUUGAGAAGUAUGGAGCUCCUGAAGUUUCUGAAAUGGAGCAACAGAAGUUGUUUGCCCUAAAGGACCAGCUAUUAGCUUUAACCAUUAGGUGCCCAGACAACCCAGAUCAAAAACUUUUAGAGAAGAAACUGCCAGACUCCAUGACCAUUCAGAAAGUGAGGGGGCUGCUCCAUCGAUUGCUCAAAGUUCCGGGUACAGAACUAAAAUUGACGUACAUCAGCUCAAAGAUGGACAUGGAAAUAGAUAUGGAUAAUGACCUAAAGCCUCUUUCAUACUACUCCAUAGAAAGUGGAGACUGCAUAUUAGUGCGAUGGUAACUGCAUUGACUAGCAGGUUAUAUAUAAAGGAAAGGAACCGUAACACAAAACCUUGAGCGAAGGUAUUUUUAACACGAUCCCAGCACUAUUCAAGAUGAAUGUGAUCCCAUACAUGCAACUUUAGAGGCAUUACUUCUUUAUGUCUGUACUUAAAAUAAUGCUGGCUAGUUGCCUGUCAGUGGACAGCGAUUUCAUUUUGUGCCAGCCUUGAAGCUACAGAAUGUGAUAUGGAGUUUACAAUGUCCACAUUAUAAUUUGCACCUGUAUCAAAACUCUCAACUUUGUAUUUAAUUGUUUUUGGUAAAAAAAAAAUAAGAUUUAUCUUUACAGGAUAAACGGUCUGGAAGAUGUGGUUUAUAACAGUUCUAAAAUUAACAUGUUCUAUUUAGCGAUGGCACCAAAUAUUUACUGAUUAUCCUAAUGCACUCUUUCAGUGGUUAACCUCAUUCUCAAGCAAUGUUUGUACAGUAAUGGGUCUGAACCACUAUAAUUUGAAAUGAUUUGAAAGGUUCAAUGUUGUGUCUUUUGGUAGUUCUGGCAUUUGGCCUUAAUGUUAAUGGAUUGGACUCUGAUUCAUAGGCUUAACAAGCAUUUUAAUUCCAGCUACCUUCUGCAGAUGAGUUUAGAUAAUUCUUAGCUGAAUACACUUCCACACCCAAAAUUCCUCCUUGCCCCUACAAUAUGAACCUGUAGUGCUUAAACUGGAACUGUCUUAGUGGUGACUGUAGAAUGGACUCAUGCUGAAAGCAUCUUGUCCUCCCAGCUAUAUUGCACAGAGCAGAGGAAAGUGUUGAAGGAGUGAUAAAGCUUUAAAAAGAGAAUAAUGUUCUACGUAUUAUUGGGGAAGAUAUAUUUAUAAAUCCUGUAUAAAAUAGCACUCUGUCAGAAAGUUCAAGCUGUUGAGGAGGCUGUUGGGAAUAAUGCAUAUUUCAGUUUAUAGUCAUUCCUGCCAUAAAGUAUAACUUUUACAUUGUACAUAUCCUGCGUCAUUUUAAAAGUUAAUUAAAUAGACUGGUAUUAGUUUUUUUUUAACGUCUGUAUAUCCACACCUACAAUGUGACCACACAAUCCAAUUCUAGACUUUGUCCUUGAAUAGAGACUAGAAGACAGUUCACUUUUGAGGGCUGUAGUAAUGUGGGAAUGUGUUGGAGUUUUGUAUGAGCUAUUAAGAGUGUUUCCUAACAGUAGAAUAUUUCAGCAUUAAAUGUGUCACCAGAGGCUGGGCUCUACUAUGCUUCUCAAUUUCCUUGUGUGAUGUUGAGACCGACAUUUGAAAGAGUGAAAAAUUAAAACAAUAAACUAUUUAUAUCUUGAAACAGUAAAAGUGACAGUUAAAAACUGAUCUUCCUACCCCUGUCCCUUUUUGUAGCAUGCCUGUUGCCUCAGACCUUAUAAACUAAGCAUGUGUGGCCUAAACUCCAAGGUAGGUCAGUUGGAUCAGAAACAUUAACUUCCUCUUUGCAGAUUCCACCAGUUUGAGUAUUUCACCUCCAGGGUUCAUAGCAUCUCAGAAUGUGUAGAAUAUUACUCUCAUUUAAAGCUUUCUGUCUGGAAAGUAGAGUCUCCUACACCUUUAAAGGUGUUUUAUGUAAAAAGUUGUGGAUUACAAGAGUUCAGAUUACAUUUGACAUUGGUACAUAUUUGUAUGAGGAACCUAUGCAAAUAUAAUAAAAGGUUUUUGCUGC